AUGACUCGGCCGGCAGGCAGCCCAGGCUCGCGGCUCUUCUCUCACCCUUCUGUACAGCACCGUGGAUUCGUUCCCCGUUGGCGCCUGAUUAUACUGGAAAGGCCCGGCAUAGGGCUCAGCGACCCAGCCCCUGCGUCGUACACAUACACAGAUUUUGUCUCGGACUUCAGGGAGUUUUGCACCCAACUGGGUCUCAGCCGCGUCGCCGUAAUCGGAUUUAGCGCCGGAACCCCUUUCGCCACCGCCAUCGCCUGCUGCUGGCGUCAGCUGCAACCGCAGUGCCCAUCACAACCGCAACCGCAAUGUCAACCGCCAACAUCCUCCUCCGCGCCGGGCUGCAUCCGGGAGGCCGCGCCCGGCUCCAGGGCCGGCGCAGCAGCCACCGCCGCGGAGGUGGUGGCGGCGACAGCCACGUUGGCGGCCGGCGCGGCCGCUGAGCUCGGCACACAUCCGCCGCCGGUACCGCCAGGGCACCACCACCUACUCCGCAAGUCGACAACGGAACAGCAGCAGCAGGAGCAGUGUCAACAGCAGCAGCAGCAGUGCCAACAGCAGCAGCAGCAGCAGUGCCAACAGCAGCGGCAGCAGCAACAACAACAACAACAACACGAGUCGUCAGAGCGUGGACUGGGGCAAGUGGAGGUCGCGCGUGUGGCGCUUGUCUCUGCCAUAGGGCCCCCGGACACACCUAACAAGCGGCAGGGCAUGGCGCUCGUGUUCCAGGCGGGUCAGCGAAGCAGAGCGGGCCUUUGCUGUUGGAAGAUCGGCUACUGGUGUUGCGCCCACGCCCCCUGGCUGGUGGGCUGUCUGGUGCGGAGCAGGGCAGCGGCCUUCAGGAGGAGGCCCGUAACGGUGCUGAGACGGGGCUUAGCGUCGUACAGUGCCAAGGCCGAUGUAGAGGCCUUGAAGCGUCCUGAGGUAGAGAGGCUCUUUCUGGAGAGCGCACUGGAGAUGUACGGCAGAUUCCAGGAGGAUGCCGUACUGCGUGAGAACCUGCUCAUCGCGGGCCAGCCCUGGGGCUUCGACCUGGCAGCCUGCCGUACACCCGUCGCAAUCUGGCAGGGCGGUCAGGAUCGCGGUUGCACGGCAGCCAUGGCGACCCAUUUGGCGGUGCGUCUGGGCCCGAUGGCACGGGUAAAAGUGAUUCCGGAGCAGGGUCACAUGCUGUAUUUUGAUUUAUGGCAGGAGGUCGUUGACUGGGUGAACGAUAUUCUGCCAUAG